AUGAGCAGCAGCAGCCACAGCAGCCGCAGCAGCAUCAUCAGCAGCAUCAUACUGAAAACUUAAAACCGGCUUCAAUGCAAAGGACUUUGUGCAUCACUUUAAAUUAACCAUUAUUACAGUUGAAUUGAAAAGGUCUACCAGAAAACAAUUUUGAGGAUAGUUUAUAUUUUUGUAUAAAUAAACUUUGGAUUGCUGUUAAACUUUGUUUUAUUUUUACUAAAUGUACACUGAAUAUGUACAGUACCAUAAUAUACUAUAAGCACCUAGUUUAUUGUGUCGUUUGAUCAAAAGUCGAACGUAUUAAAUACUUUUCUACUUAAAAGGACUAUUUUAGUUAGAGAUAUUCUAUUUUUGUAAGAUAAACUACUAUCUGGACUUAAAAUACGGUUAAAAAAAAGGAUUGUAAAAGAAGAUCACAAUGUGGGCUUUCCUGGGAAUCGCCACCUUUACCUACAUUUACAAGAAAUGCGACGCCGUUAUAUCUUAUGCCAACAAGGAGGUUCUGUUGACAGUUACAGUUUUUUUCACACUGGGAUCGGUGCUGUCAUAUUGUAGGUAUCGUUAUGGACAAACACAACACAAACCAUCACACUUGGGUCUGGUUCUUCAGCUCAUUUCAGCUCUGCCUCUCGCUGGCUUUUUCUUUAAAUCAGCCACCUAUUCUGACACAGAUGAAAAGUCUGUAUCCAAAAAGCACUGGCGCAAGAGAAAGGAAGCCCAGCUGAGGCACUCUUCUCAGACAGAGUGCGGUCCAGGAGCUGCAGUCCUUGCCAGUUCUGACCCGGAUGUCAUUAUUGUGGGUGCUGGUGUCCUUGGUUCAGCCAUGGCUGCAGUCCUGGCAAGGGAUGGCAGAAAGGUUACAGUCAUUGAGAGAGACCUCAAGGAGCCAGACAGAAUUGUCGGAGAGCUUUUACAGCCUGGUGGAUAUCGUGCGUUAAUGGAGUUAGGACUUGAAGGUUCAGUUGAAGGUCUGGAUGCUCACACAGUACAGGGCUAUGUUAUUCAUGAUAUGGACAGUAAAGCAGAAGUGGAAAUCUCAUACCCAGUGGAAGAGAACAAGGUUCAGUGCGGAAAAGCAUUUCACCAUGGGCGCUUUGUGGUGGGGCUGCGCGGUGCUGCUUCAAAGGAAUCAAAUGUAAAGUUAAUUGAAGGAACUGUGACUAACCUGCAAGAGGAAGAAGGCUGUGUUACUGGUAUCCAGUAUAAAGAUAAGGAAACUGGAGAUAUAAAAGAGCUUCAUGCCCCAUUGACAGUAGUUGCUGAUGGAUGCUUUUCCAAGUUCAGGAAAAACUUGAUAACAGGCAAUGUCAGCAUUUCAUCUCAUUUUGUUGGCUGCAUAAUGAAGAAUUCCCGACAAUUCAAGCCAAACCAUGCAGAACUGGUUCUAGCCAAUCCCAGCCCAGUUCUUAUUUACCAGAUCUCUUCCACGGAUACCCGGGUCCUGGUAGACAUCAGAGGCGAAAUGCCAAGAAACAUCAAAGACUACAUGAUUGACUACAUCUACCCACAACUACCAGAGCACAUAAAGGAAUCUUUCCUAAUUGCACUACAGAAUGACCGUCUAAGAACCAUGCCUGCAAGCUUCUUGCCACCCUCCCCUGUGAAUAAGCCAGGAGUACUUCUAUUGGGAGAUGCUUACAAUAUGAGACACCCUCUGACUGGAGGUGGAAUGAGUGUUGUUCUGAAUGAUGUCCAGAUAUGGAGAAGCCUUCUACGGAACAUUCCCGAUCUUUAUGAUGACAUUGCUGUGCUUGAGGCUAAGAAAAAGUUCCACUGGGCCAGGAAGAAGUCCCACUCCUUUGUUGUGAAUAUUCUGGCACAGGCCCUUUAUGAGCUCUUUGCAGCAACUGACAAUUCCCUCCAUCAGCUGCGAAAAGCCUGUUUCCAUUACUUCAAGCUAGGUGGAGAGUGCGUUGCAGGACCCAUAGGCCUCCUUUCCGUGCUUUCUCCAAAACCGAUGACGCUGAUUGGCCACUUCUUUGCCGUGGCUCUUUAUGCUGUUUAUUUCUCCUUCAAAUCUGAACCCUGGUUCACAAAGCCACGAGCCUUCUUCAACAGUGGAGCAAUUUUGUACCGUGCUUGUGCCAUCCUCUUUCCUCUUAUCUAUUCAGAACUGAAGUAUCUGGUUUAUUAAAACUCUAACUCUAAACUCUAUACGCUGUAUAAUGCAUAG